AUGUCUGCUUUUUUUCACAGUGAUUCGCAAUCUUCAGCUUCCUCCUCAGAUGAAGAAUCAAUGACUGAAGAAGAGAUGGUGAAAUUGAUGGAACAAGUUGAGGAAAAGAAGAAGUUGAUUUCUACCAUUAGGAAUAAGCCAUGGCGCAUGAAGAAAAAACUUGCCAUUUUAAGGGAUGCUCAGAAAUUUGUGGAAAAAUUUGAAGGUGCUCUGGGAAAGGGAAAAGGGAAGAAAUUCUAUGCAUACAAAGUCAUGAUGCUAAAGAAAUGGAUCAAAUUUAAACGGGACUUUGAAAAUUUUAGAACAGCCUGCAUACCAUGGGAAAUGAAGAUUAAAGAGGUGGAAAGUCACUUUGGUUCGUCUGUUGCAUCUUACUUUAUAUUCUUGAGGUGGAUGUAUGGAGUAAACUUGGUGCUCUUUGGUCUAAUAUUUGGACUUGUGGUAAUUCCAGAGAUAUUAAUGGGUUUGCCAUAUGGCAGUUUACCACGAAAGACAGUGCCUAGAAAUGAAGAAAAAACCGCCAUGGAUUUCUCAGUUCUUUGGGACUUUGAGGGUUAUGCCAAAUAUUCUGUUUUGUUCUAUGGUUUUUACAACAACCAACGCACAAUUGGAUGGCUAAAGUACAGACUGCCACUUUCUUAUUUCUUGGUUGGAGUUGGUGUCUUUGGAUACAGCUUGAUGGUGGUUAUCAGAACGAUGGCGAGUAAUGCCAAUGAAAGCACAGGUGAUGGAGAUGAUGGGAAUUAUAACUUCAGCUUUAAAAUGUUCACUAGCUGGGAUUACUUAAUAGGAAACCCAGAGACAGCAGAUAACAAAUUUGCAUCCAUAACUACCAGCUUUAAGGAAUCUAUUGUAGAUGAAGAGGAAAGCAAUAAAGAUGAAAACAUUCAUCUUACUAGAUUCCUCCGGGUUUUGGCCAAUGUAAUGAUAAUAUGCUGCUUGUGCGGAAGUGGUUAUCUUAUCUACUUUGUUGUUAAACGCUCACAGACAUUCUCCAAGAUGCAGAAUAUUGGCUGGUAUGAAAGAAAUGAGGUUGAGAUAGUGAUGUCGUUGCUUGGUAUGUUUUGUCCCCCACUGUUUGAAACAAUUGCAAAUUUAGAAGAUUACCAUCCUCGGGUGGCAUUAAAGUGGCAGUUGGGAAGAAUCUUUGCUUUGUUUCUUGGCAAUCUAUACACAUUCUUACUUGCUCUGAUGGAUGAUGUUAAUGAGAAACUAGCUCAAGAGGAUGCUGUAAAGAAUGUCACUUACUGGACUUUAUACAACUACUACAAUUCUACCACCAACAUAAAUGGAACAGACACCACCCCACCACCCCUACCUCAUGCUGAUGUCCCUAGAGGUCCCUGCUGGGAAACUAAUGUUGGAGUUGAAUUUGUAAGGCUGACAGUAUCUGACAUUAUGGUGACAUAUGUGACUAUUCUAGUUGGGGAUUUCCUCCGUGCCUGCUUUGUAAGAUUCAUGAACUACUGUUGGUGCUGGGACUUGGAAGCUGGGUUUCCUUCCUAUGCAGAAUUUGAUAUCAGUGGAAAUGUGUUGGGUCUGGUCUUCAAUCAAGGAAUGAUUUGGAUGGGCUCUUUUUAUGCUCCCGGAUUGAUAGGAAUCAAUGUUCUCAGGCUGCUGACCUCUAUGUACUUCCAAUGUUGGGCCGUUAUGAGUAGUAAUGUUCCCCAUGAACGUGUAUUUAAAGCAUCCAAAUCAAAUAACUUUUACAUGGGCCUUCUUCUGCUUAUCCUUUUCUUGAGUCUACUGCCAGUAGCCUACACAAUCAUGUCUCUCCCGCCUUCAUUUGACUGUGGACCUUUCAGUGGGAAGAAGAGAAUGUUCGAUGUUAUCCAGGAAACAAUGGAAACUGACUUCCCACCUUUUGUUGCCAAAAUUCUGAGUUCUAUAGCAAAUCCUGGAUUAAUCAUACCAGCCAUUCUGCUUAUGAUAUUAGCAAUUUAUUACCUCAAUGCUGUAUCAAAAGCAUAUCAGCAAGCAAACAUAGAUUUGAAGAAGAAAAUGCAGAUGCAAAGGGAAGAGGAAAAAAAUAAGAGGAAUAAUAAUACAGAAGCCAAUUCUGUUAUGAGAGAUCUAGAAGAACUACUUCCUCCAAGUGCAAGAAAUGCCCUCAGGCUGCAAAAUAAUGCAACAGAGAGCCAGGCUAAUGCAGGACAUAUAGGCAUGCAUCCUGGCAACGAUGCGACCUCACCAAGCAACACAGCGCCAAGAAGAGAUGGUCCAUUGCUGUCAACACCACGCAUUGCUGUCACAAGUCCACCUGUGCCAAGGCCCAUGGGGCCACAUAUGGGAGGAUCACCAUGUUCUCCUCACCCACAAGGCCCACAUCCUAGACAUUAA